GAGAGAGAGAGAGAGAGAGAGAGAGAGAGAGAGAGAGGUACAGUGGAAGUAAUGAAAUUGGAUUCUUGUUGGACUAAUCACCAUCGCCAUGUACUUAUUGUUUAAGCAGACCAAAGGGUGUGUAGGGGGAUAGAAGGGGGAGGUUUUUGAUUCAAUAAUGAAGGUGUUUGCAAUCUGCAUCUAUCUUCUAUAAGAGGAGCUCAGUAUUCUUUCUUAGCUCUCAUUGCUUUUUCUCCUCCGCUCUUGGUUUCCAAUUACACAUAUCUGCUUAGCUUUCCUGCUUCCAUAUUUCAUGGAAAAACCACAAAACCAAGAUGAUAAUUCCAGUGAACAAAAGAAUGAAGAAAGUGGGCUCAAGAAGAGAAAUUUCAGGAGGAUCUGUGUCUUCUGUGGAAGUAGUUCAGGGAACAGGCCUUCAUUCAGUGCUGCAACUCUUGAACUUGGGAAGCAGCUGAUUGACAGAAAAAUAGACUUGAUUUAUGGUGGUGGAAGUGUGGGUCUGAUGGGUCUUAUCUCUCACACAGUUUUUAAUGGCGGAUGUAAUGUCCUUGGUAUUAUUCCAAGAGCUCUACUACAAAAUGAGAUUUCAGGAGAAACCAUUGGAGAAGUAAAGACAGUUUUAGACAUGCAUGAAAGGAAGUCAGAAAUGGCUAAACAUGCUGAUGCAUUCAUAGCUCUUCCUGAAUUUGAUUCCAAAUACAAAGGUGGAUAUGGGACAAUGGAGGAGCUGUUGGAGAUAAUAGCAUGGUCACAGCUAGGAAUACAUGAGAAGCCAGUGGGAUUAUUGAAUGUUGAUGGCUACUACAAUAGACUUCUUGCAUUAUUUGACAAAGGAGUGGAAGAAGGCUUCAUAGAAAACUCAGCAAAGCACAUUGUAGUUUCAGCUGAGAAUGCUGAGGAGCUCAUGAGAAAAAUGGAGGAAUAUAAGCCUCUUCAUGAAAUAGUGGCACCAAGAACAAGCUGGGAAGUGGAUCAAUUAUCAGAGCCUUCCAGCCUCUAGUGGUCAUAUAUACUUCUGUGUGCUUUAUGUAAAUUUGUAUGUACACUAUUUAGAGGUCUUCCAGCAAAAAGAAAAACAAAGCUUUAUUGAAAAUUAAUUCAUGUGAGAUAAGGAAUGGAAUUGAAACUUUAUUUCCUGUUCUUCCCUUCUAUGUGUUGUUAUUUAUUGCUUGCUGUGCUUAUUUAGC